AUGGCAUCGUUUGCAGGGACUACCCAGAAAUGCAAAGCAUGUGAGAAGACAGUGUAUUUGGUGGAUCAGCUCACUGCCGACAACAAGAUCUAUCACAAAUCCUGUUUCAGAUGCUACCACUGCAAGGGUACCCUGAAGUUGAGUAACUAUUGUUCCUUUGAGGGUGUUUUAUACUGUAAGCCUCAUUUUGAUCAACUCUUUAAGAAGACUGGCAGCUUGGACAAAAGUUUUGAAGGUAUUCCAAGAACUACUAGACUUGAAAGAUCUGCUGAUCAGGUCCACACCAAUAGCAAGGUUUCAAAUUUGUUUGCUGGAACUCAGGAAAAAUGUGUUGCUUGCAAGAAAACAGUGUACCCAAUUGAAAAGGUAGCUGUUGAUGGAACAUCUUACCAUAAGGCUUGUUUCAGGUGCACUCAUGGAGGAUGUGUAAUUAGCCCAUCAAAUUAUGUUGCCCAUGAACACCGUCUUUACUGUAGGCACCAUCACAAUCAGUUGUUCAAGCAGAAAGGUAACUUCAGCCAACUCGACAAGCAAGAAAACGAUGAAGGGUUGACUGUGAACACAACAACCGAGUAA